AUGUCCCAUUCUCGAUCGGUUUCACCACUGCCCAACGGAGGAUGGAACGCACCGGGUCUGACUGAGCGCAGCUCAACCCCCAACGGCGGCGUGUACGCAGGAGUCAACGGUUACAGCAACAAUGACGAUCAGUGGGCUGCGGCAAAGGCAAGAAGUGCUCAAGUGAGAGGGUACCCCAGCGUCCAGACCAAAAAUGAGGGCUUCUUUCAGCGGUCCAGGCGGAAAAUCUCCUCGACGCUGCCCACCUUCAGUCCCUACACUCCUUCGUCGGCCAACUGGAAAGACCCUGAGAAACUGGGCCGCAGCCGGUGGUCUCCCGGAGGCAAUAAGAGUUUGGCGAGCAUAAAGACUUUUGCUGGCAAUGUCUUGAGGAGGUUCAAGUUUCUGUUCAUCAUACUGUCCAUUGUCACACUGACGACGGUUAUACUGUCCCAGACAAACGUGCUGUCCAAAUACCGUGGCAACUCCCACCUCGGUGGCGGCAGCAAAUUCGUUAUCAUCCUCGGAGCCAAUGAGGGCGGCGGUGUUAUGGAAUGGAAAGGUCCUAGAGAAUGGGCCAUCGAGCGCGACAGCGUGAAAAACAAAAAGAGAUACGCCGAGAGAUGGGGGUAUAUAUUGGAUAUUGCAGACAUGAGCACCAAGAAGAGGUACGCUCACGAAUGGCGUGAGAGCUGGGAAAAGGUUGACCUGAUCCGAAACGCCAUGGCCAGGUACCCAAAAGCUGAAUGGUUCUGGUGGCUCGACUUGAACACCUUCAUCAUGGAGCCUUCGAUAUCACUGCAAUCCCACAUAUUCAACAACCUCGACAAAAACGUGUACCGCGAUAUUAAUGUCUACAACCCUCUCGACAUUGCCCACCCUCCCAUCACCGAAUUCCUCGAUCCUGUCGCCCGGUCACCCACUGGCGACAAUCUGACAUCCUCUAUCGACAUCAUCAUCCCUCAGGACUGCGAUGGUUUCAACCUUGGGUCUUUCUUCGUUCGACGAUCUCCAUUCACAGACCGUCUCCUUGACCUGUGGUGGGACCCUGUCCUCUACGAGCAGAAACAUAUGGAGUGGGAACACAAGGAACAAGAUGCGCUGGAGCACCUGUAUGCGUCGCAGCCAUAUCUGCGGACACAUUUCGCAUUUAUUCCCCAACGGAAAAUUAAUUCAUUCCCCCCUGGUGCAUGUGGCGUCCAUCCGGAGGAAGGACAGGCUGUCCCAGACGAAAAACCUCUUCUGGACCCCAGAUUCCACUACAACGAGCACGAGCGGGACUUUAUGGUCAACAUGGCCGGAUGUGAGUGGGGCCGAGAUUGUUGGGCGGAAAUGUACAUGUAUCGCGAACUCAGCAACAGACUCAACCGGUCGGGGUGGGAAAGGUCCAAAGAUUUUUUCCGUGACAAAUGGACAAACUUGAUGAAGACCUUGUUCGACAAAAAGGCCAGGCCGCAAACUGGUUGA